AAGAGCACAGUCUUAAAAGAGAUCAUGACUACUGCUCAGUCCCUGAGCCGUCUGCAUUGGACAUAUCUGCAUCAGCUGCAGAAGACCUGUCCAAAGACGUGGAGACUCUGAGGAAGGAAAUAUAGGAGUUACGUGUCCAGCGAGAAUUUGGGUUACAGCGUUUUGCUGGCUCUGACACUGACAUCCGAUUCUACACCAGAUUUCCAAGCUAUGAUCAUUUGAUGGCAUUUUGGUUUUUGAUUGAGCCUUGCAUCUACAAAAUGAUCCGGGUUUCAAGCGCCAAGUCAGCUGCCAAUAGGAACGAAGAAGUGUUGACACCUGCACGCACAUCAAUGAGGCAGCUGCUACAGCCAAUUGACGAGUUCUUUCUUUUCCUGGUUUUCCUGUCAGUUGGUUUGAAGGAGAGGGACCUGGCACACCGAUUUAACAUACACCAUUCCACAGUGAGCCGCAUUAUUGCAACAUGGACAAAUUUUCUUGCCACUGCACUGGGGUCUCAAUGCAUCUGGCUUACACGUGAAGAAGUGCAAGCUUACCUCCCUGAGGAAUUCAAAGAUUUCUCAGAUACCCAGAUGAUCCUUGACUAUACAGAGCUGAGGUGUCAGACACCAUCCUCACCACUUCUCCAAAGUGAAAUGUACUCUUCGUACAAAUCCCACUGUACGAUGAAAGCCCUGGUUGGCAUAGCUCCACAUGGUCCAGUGACAUUAAUUUCUAAUCUGUAUGCUGGUUCGGUUAGUGACAAGGAACUAUUCAAACAAUCAGGCAUUGCUGAGAAGUUGACUGAAGACAUGGCAGUGAUGGUAGAUAAGGGCUUCCUAAUCACCGAUUGUUGUAAAUGCAAAGUGUACUGCCCACCUUUUCUAUCUAAGCAGAAGCAGAUGCCAGCAUACCAGGUUAAGGAGACGCAGGCCAUAGCCAGACUCAGGGUACAUGUGGAGCGAGUCAUUAGGAGGAUAAAACAGAACAAACCUUUUGAUAGCAUUAUUACCAUGUCACAUGUUUACAAUAUCAACCAACUGUUUGCAGUAGCAUGCAUGCUGUCAAAUUACCAGAACACAGCAUUAGUUAAAAAAUGGGUUAAGUGAGACAAGAUGGACUUUUCCCAAGACACCAGUGCCAGUACAAGGAACUUAUGGAAAAUGACCUGCAGCUGAGGCCACUACAGUUGCAUUUCUUCCUUGACAAAACUUGAUUACAGAACUGGUACUUGAGUGCUGAUAGUUGAGUUCCAGUUAUUGAUAAUUCUAAUUCAUUGCAAAUGUUGAAUGUUAAUAAUACUGUUUAAUUAUACUACUAUAUUACUAUUCAUAUUCAACAAAAUUGUUUAUCAAAAUUAUAAAGUAAAUCACUAAAUCGUUUUAAAAACAUAAGUGACAUUGUGCUUUUGUAACAUCCAAAAUUCCAUUUGUCAUUUUCUUCAUUCAGUUGUGUUAUUGUCUAAAUGUAUGUCAGUAUGCUAGGCAUGGAUUUUUAAAUACUUACCAUGUAAAUAAGUUCUGCACAAAUUCAAUGUUUUAAUGUGUGUUUUUAAAAAAUGAAAUUGAUGCCAUUGCUUAAAUAACAGUUUAUUGAUUUCACAUAAAAGUAA